AUGAAUACUGGCAGUGGUGAUCUUCAUUCUGAAUCGAAGAAAGAGAUUGAAGAUGUGAAGCUACUUGUAGAGUCCAUGAAAUAUCAGAAAGACGAUCCAUCUCAGCAGCAACAAGCUUUGAGGGCCCUUGGUGAAAUUCUCUCUCAAAAUAAGAGGGCACAAGACUAUUUUUGUUCAUCAAGUGGAGUGGAGUAUGUGCUGAGUCUGUGUAAAAUCACAGAAAGUCCUGCAGUUUGUCAGUCAGCUCUGUAUACUUUGGCCAUGGCCACAGAAGGAAAUGAUUUUUCUCAAAGAACUUUGACAAAGAAGAGUGUAUUCCAACUACUGCGGUUACAUUUACAAGCCAAGAACAGACCUGCUGCUACAACAUCAGCUUUUUUACUAAUGACCAUUUGUGAUGGCAAUUGUGAAGGACAAAAUCUUGCAAAAGAAACAAAGUGCUUACAUAGUUUAUGUGAUCUAUACAAGGGCUGUCUUCCAAUAUAUAAACUGUCUUCCUCUUGUGAUGAUACAAGUGAAAGGUGGUUUAAUAAUAUUGAGGAAAACUGUCUUCAUCUGUGGAGUGCUGUAGUUGUUGCACUACAUUCUCUUUUACAAAAUCCACAAAAUACUCAAAAUCAGCAACUUUGUUGUAGACUGUUUCCCAUGAUAGUGAAUAUUCUGCAAAUGGCCACAAAACAACAGAAUAUCGUUCUACCAACAACCACCUUAAUUUCAGCAAUUGUUUCUGGAAAUGCUGAAUGCCAGUCAAAGUGGCGUCUCUUGGGAGGCUUGCGUGCAUUGAUUAAUCAGCUGAAAGAGCAUGUGGAACACAAGGAGCCAGCUGUUCAAGACAUUUCAUUUCUAGAGCACGUUGUUAACACAAUAGGAUCUGCCAUAGCCGGUCAUGCAGUCUGUUUAGAUAGUUCAGCAGAUCUUGGACUCGUGUCUUUACUUAUCAAGUGCCUUGAUAUAAGCCAGACUCCUGGUGUGGAUGAUGCAGUGUCCAAAACGUUCAGAACAAAGUGUAUCCUAGCACUUUCUAUCUGUGUCGACCAAUGUGAACGUAACCAACGGCAACUAAGAGACAGAGAAGGUGUCGAACGUUUGGUUGAACUGCUUGCUCAAGAACAGUCUGAAGAAUUCAGGAGGGUUGCAAUCUUCGUUCUUCAUUGUAUCACUGGAAAUUCUCAAGGAGGACCAAAGCCACUACAUGGCAAAAGGACCGAAAAACGACAGUCGUCCAAUGUUCUAACUGAUUCAGAGAACGACCUUAGCCAGGUUACUUCUUCCACCCGAGAUGCUCAGACACAAACCGACCUUGAAGAAACACAGUCAAUCUGUACCACCAGACAGUGUAGUACUGAUAUCAGGGAAAAGCAAACCACUGGUAAAAUGACACAGAAAACUUCACAAGAUAUUCGCAAAGCAAAUCUACGAAAGAAACGUUUUGUCUCCACGAAAGUGUUACAGCCUCUAAUAAGGUCAAAAACUGCCUGGUCGAAAAAAAUAAGUACAGAGCCAACAACCAAACGAAUAAACUCUAAUGUCGAUAGACCAUGUGCGCCCACAAGUCAAGAUACUACAGAGUGUGAAGCCUGUGAAACGAUUCUCAACAGCAAGAACUUUAUUAAAACGUUAAAGCAUUGUUCCAGUCUUUGCUCUUAUCACCGUGAACUGGACAAGUUACUACAAAGAAAAAUUAAUGACUUGAGGAGGCGCAAAUGAGCGAAGUUGCCACUGCAGGGAUCAAAUUGUUCAAAUUACCAAUGAACAAUCAUUUUCUUUAGCCACCUGCCGCUUAGUGAAGACAGGAGCCUAUCUGCUCUGUAACGACAGCUGUGUGUAAAAACGUCUUGAACCAG